GUGAUUGAGGCCGCGGGAGUCGACUUCGUUUUAUAGGUCGACCAUGAGGAAGCGACCCCGCCUCGUGCAGAAGACCAUCGACUUCUCCCAGCCAGCUUCGACCGUUCCCUAAGCUCUUGGACUGCUCGUAGUGAUCAACGAUGACGGUCUCGCCGAAGGUCUAUACUUGGCUCUGCGGCCUGUUUGCAGCAUUAGGAUCCGUAACGUUCGGCUAUGACCUCGGUAUCAUCGCUACCGUAGAGUCCAGCGCAGACUUCCUCGCGAAGACGAACAAUCCGACUGAGACUCAGCUAGGACUAAUCACCGGAUGUUUGCUAUUGGGUGCAUUUGCGUCCAACAUCUACGUUGGAUCCCUGGCAGACACCAUCGGCCGUCGUCUGACAAUCCUCGCAGGAUGCAUCGUCUUCCUCAUCGGCGGUGCGAUCCAAACCGCGGCCCAAAACAUCGGGUACAUGUACGGCGGGCGGUUCCUAGCGGGGAUGGGCAUCGGCAUGUUGGCCAUGCUUGCACCGCUGUACCAGGCUGAGAUCGCGCACCCGAGCAUCCGCGGACGCUUGACGACGCUGCAGCAGUUCAUGCUGGGGAUUGGUUCGCUGAUCGCGUCAUUUAUUGGGUAUGGAUGCUACCACGGCUUGACCGGCCAGGCACAGUGGAGAAUCCCUCUGGGCAUUCAACUUCUUCCUGCCAUUCCGCUGGCCUUUUUCAUCCUGCUUCUUCCCGAGAGCCCGCGAUUCCUGGCUAUGAAGGGUCGCAACGACGAGGCGUUGCUCGUCCUCGGUCGACUGCACGCACACGGGGACAUCACCGACCCCUUCGUCGUGAGCGAGCACAAGGAGAUCCUCGAGCAGGUUCGCGUCGAGCGCGAAGAGACACGCGACGUCUGGAGACAGCUCUUCGGCAACCCUAGCAACUUCCGACGCCUUGUCCUCGGCAUCGCCAUCCAGUUCAGCGUCCAGAUGACGGGCGUGAGCUGCAUCCAGUACUACGCGCCGACGAUCUACGCGAGCAUCGGGAUCGACACGUCGACGACGCUCGGGCUGCAGUCAGGCAACUCGGUCGUCGCGCUCAUCGGCGAGGCGCUGUGUAUCUGGUACAUCGACCGCCUCGGGCGGCGCAAGGUGUUCGUGUGGGGGAACGCGCUCUGCGGGCUCACGUUCGUCAUCGGCACGAUCAUCAUCGCGCGCUUCCCCGCGGGCUCGGACAACGCGAAUGCGGCCAGGGCAUUCGUCGCCAUGACUUGGUUGUUCAACUUGGUGUUCUCGGCGUGCUGCGGGCCGCUGUCAUGGGCGAUCCCCGUCGAGAUGUUCAACAGCGCAACCCGUGCCAAGGCCACUGCGAUCACGUCGUCCGCUGCAUGGAUCUCAAACUUCAUGAUCGCGCAAGUUAGCCCUCCCGCAUUCACUUCCGUCGGCUGGAAGUACUACCUCGUUUUCGCCAUCUGCGGCUUCACAAACGCAGCCUUCUUCUGGGCCUUCCUCCCCGAGACGAAGGGCAUCCCUCUCGAAGAGAUCGACAGCUACUUCGAGACCGUGCCGGUCUUCGUGCCCGGCUCGCGUGUCGCGCUCAAGGACGCGAGCGAGCGCGAGGCGGAGCUGCGCGAGGGAAAGGUGCACGUCGCGGGCGCGCCCGUUGACGUAUCGGAGAAGAUGGACCGGGAGGAGAUCGAGAAGGUAUGAGGGGCUUCAAGUGAGGGGCUCUGUUAUGAGAUUCAUGAUGACUUGAUGUCCGAAGCCUGUAAUGUGAAUGACGAAUUGUGGAUGUACUUUAGGACUGGCUUUACACGAACAUAUUUUCCAUGGACUUGGUGGUCCAUCGUUC